CUUCCCCCAGCGAAAUGCAUGGCACUUCUGGGUCUGCACAGCCUGGUGCAGAGAUACGGGCAGUGAAGCUGUGGGAUCCCCGUCGGUGAGCAGGUUUUAAGAACAAGCUGGACAAAUGCCCACCAGGGACGGCUCACUUGGCCCCUUGCUGACCUCCCGUGGUCCCUUCCGGCCCCACCGAGCCCCCUCGAGGCAGGGGGUUAUCUUCAAGGUGCCAAUAGGCUCUCGGCUCUUUCAAUGUUCACAGAGCAGGCCUCGCUUGGGCGGGUGUGCGUGCAUGGGAAAACGUGUGAGCGUGUGUGAGUGACCACGUGUGAGCACGCACGCUUCUCCAUGCAUGGACAUGCGUGUACACCUCUAUGUGUGUAGGCAUGUACGUGAGCACACACGUGUCCAUUCACACUAGCCCCUGCAUCUCUGGCCCUGGCUUUGUGACUCACACACACCUGGGAUCCAGGCAGACAAUGGUCCCAGCUCCUGUUUCGUAAUCCCUUCUGCUGCCGAACAGCUCUCACGCCAGUUCCUGAAGGUGCGGCACCUCUUGGGACGUGUUUCACCUGAAGAUCUGCCUUCUCCGGAAUACAGAAGUUGGUUGAUAAUAAACCUUGGGCCUACGUGGGGCUGACAAGGAGCCUGGCUCACUCUCAGAUCUGGGCCAUAGCUGGGCCUGGACAUGCCUAGGUUAUUACUACUUGCUCAGCGAGAGGGUACAAAAUGCCCGUCUGAUCACCUGGGUGCCUCAUUCGGCCAGCUGGGCGUGGGAGACAUUGCGUCCUGUGGUCAGUUCCUGGGAUCUCGCGUGGAAGACAGAAGCCCAGAAGGGGAGAUUUGAACCAUAUCCCAGCAGACAUUUGUCGAAGCAGAAGGGGAGGUAAAACCACACAAUCAGCUUUGUUCAGCUUCACCUGCUUUCCCACCCAGGCUUUGUCCAGGGAAAGGCCUACACAGGGGCCUGCGACAGGCCAGGCUAACCGUACCUCGGCUCCAAGGUGGCGUCCGAAUCGGCCAGCUCUGCCUCCCUCAGGAGAGUUCAGCCUCUAUCGAUAACCCGGAGCUGCUGCUGAAUAGGUCACUCUGGUUUAAAGAGAGGGAGAAAAGGGAGCGGACACCUGGGGACCUUUGAUGAGUGGCUGUUUCUCAGCUGAGAAGGAGGCGGGUGUGUUGAGAAAGGCGGUAAUGACGCCCCAUUAUGCUGUAUGGGGGCUCGCCAUUACCCUGUUAUUACCCACUGCAAGUUUGCAAACACGACAGCAGCGAGCAUCCUAGCUGGCAAGCCCGGCCCUGUGAUUAUGCCUCACAAAGUCGGGGGCUUGUUCCUAGCCGGGGUCAAAUCUGGGAGCGGCUUGAUUUUUAUCCUUCUCUUUACAGAGUGACAGAUGGCGAUUCCUCCUUCCCCAGAGAGAAAAAUCUCCCUGAAUGCAGGCGCAUGUCAAUCAUUGGCUCUCAUGUGAUCGCUCCGGCCGAUGACGUGCCAACCAUAUGGCAUGAGCAUCAGAGCCGGUACCCCCUUUGCUUGGUCGAGAUGCCACUCUCGCCUCCUUUUGGAUAGCGCACUGAAGAAAGCUGAGCACCUUAAGGAGCAGUGCCCGAGUCCCAGAAGAUGCUGGGGACAAGGAAAUAAGAAUCCCCCCCGUUAGCUUUGAAGCCAUCAUGUUGACGAGGCUGUUCAGCGAGCCCAGCCUGCUCCCCGACGUGCAGAAAUUCCCCAGCUGGGCGGAGGAGUGCGAGGAGGAUGAGCGGAGCGACAAGGAGGAGCGGAAAGGGAAAAGCUGCCCGCUGCAGGAGGAGCAGAGGGAAGGCUCCUUGGGCGAAAACAAAGAGGAAGGGGACCUAGGCGGGGACGAGGAGGAGGAGGAGGAGGAGGAGGAGGAAGGCGCGGAGGAGGCCGAAGGGGACCGGCCCAAGAAGCGCGGCCCGAAGAAGAGGAAGAUGACCAAGGCCCGGCUGGAGCGCUCCAAGCUGCGGCGCCAGAAGGCCAACGCGCGGGAGCGGAACCGCAUGCACGACCUGAACGCGGCGCUGGACAACCUGCGCAAGGUGGUGCCCUGCUACUCCAAGACCCAGAAACUCUCCAAAAUCGAGACGCUGCGGCUGGCCAAGAACUACAUCUGGGCGCUCUCCGAGAUCCUGCGCUCGGGCAAGCGGCCCGACCUGGUCAGCUACGUGCAGACUCUCUGCAAGGGCUUGUCCCAGCCCACCACCAACCUGGUGGCCGGCUGCCUCCAGCUCAACUCCCGGAACUUCCUCACGGAGCAAGGCCAGGAGGCCGCCAGGUACCACGGCCCCAAUUCUUCCUUUGCCCUGCACCCUUACACCUACCAGUGCCCCCGGCUCUCCGGCACCCACUGCCAGUCCAGCACCAUGGCCAGCUCCCACGCCCUGCGGACACACGCCUACUGCGCCACCUACGAGAGCCUCUAUGGGAACGCCUCCCCAGACUACAAUAGCUCGGAGUACGACGCCCCCCUCAGCCCCCCCCUGUGCAUUAAUGGCAACUUUUCCCUCAAGCAAGACUCUUCCCCGGACCACGAGAAAAACUACCACUAUUCUAUGCAUUACUCUGCCCUGCCAAGCUCCCGGCCGGCCGGCCACAACCUGGUGUUUGGCUCCUCUGGGGUGCGCGGGGGGGUGCACUCCGAGAACAUCCUGCCUUAUGACAUGCACCUGCACCAUGACAGAGGCCCGAUGUACGAAGAGCUCAAUGCGUUUUUCCAUAAUUAACCCCCUUGUGACCACUGGAAAUCCACCCCCCCCGACUGCACAUAGCAACCCCG